AGACGUUUUCUCGAAAACCACUGAAGCGCAGUGACUGACACUUCUUUAUCAGAUUCCAUCUUGACCAGCCGACUUGCGAAUUCAUCUCGACUCGUCUUGAUUAUUUUGUGUUUGACAACUGAGGCAAAAUCACAAAUCGGUUAUUUAAUACUGUGCAUCGUUUAAGUGUCGCUAUUUGAUGGUUCUUUGAAACCGCUCAAGGCGACUUGUACUAGAUCGAUGUAUUAUCACGCAUGCACUGCCGAGCGCAUUGAUCGCACGCACAAAAUGUUAUAUCAUUCAGUAGAGUUGCAUGAAUCAUAUCUUUCAAUUUUAUAUUUCAGCUGUCGGUUUAAAAACCAUUAUAUUUAGUUCCGCACUCACACUUGUAAAAGUAACAGCUGUUUCUGGUAUACUUCUUACUGUACUGCACAACACUCCAGAMGCAUUAGAAUCCAUACAAAAGGUUUUACCACUGGCGAUAAAACUUCUUGGAGUCAGAGAAGGAUCUAUUAGUUUUAUCGUGAAGUCAUCCAGUUUGUCAGCCYUAAAAGAACUGUGGUCAAGCUAUAAGGAUGGAUCACUUCAAGAAAACAUCAGAAAAGUUCUUAAUGGCAUAAAAGAAGUCAGAGAAGUGUUUAAUGGAGAGGAGAUUGACGUGGAAGUCACCAUUGAUGAGGAUGAAUACAGGGAUGCAUGCUGGGACGCCGUUCUCCUGCAAAUGGCGGAUCGAUACAAACCGACUGAAGAGAUUUCCUCUGUAGGCAGAGAACAUAGGCACUCGUCAUGUGACAUGGAUUUACCCAGAGUUACCAUGACCGAGCUGGCCUGGAGCGAUUGGAUUAACGUUAGAGAAAUCUACAACGAAUCAAGGAUAGAAUCAAAAAAGAGGAGAAAAGCAGAAAAGAAAGUUGCCGAGCUAGCGCGCGAGUUACACAUCCUUGAGAACGAGAAACAACCCUUAGUAAGUGAGAGGAUUGCUCAGCUGCAGAGCGAAUUACAAAGAAUCCAACAUGAACGUGAAGAAGUGAACAGGGAGAAUGUGAGUUUGAAGAGCAAGUUGAACGAAGUAACAUCAAAACUGCUUGCAGAGCAAGAGUUUCUCAGUAAUCAAUUAGAUCCUUUGUGGGAAAGCAAACCAGAAGAAUUGUUNAAGGUUUUUCAACAGCUGACAGCUGAUCUAAUCAAGAAAGCACCAGACACAGUGGAAUUGGCUGAGAGGCUAAUGUCAGAGUUGUCAAAGAAAAUAAUCAGCCAUCCUGAGCUACAUGUUGAUGUUCUGAUGCAAAUGUUGCAGUUAAAUGCAAAGGUAUUGGGAUCACAACCAUGGUAUCACCUUGAUGAUGGUAGUAAACUGAAGUUGAUCUCAGGUAUUGAAACUAUGAUGACAUCGGUUGCUGAGCAACUUUUUAAACAUCCUGACCUGAGCACUGAUGUAUUGAUUCAAGUAAUGCAGGAAAACACAAAUACAUUGCAAAAACUACCAUGGAAUGGCCUUGAUGAUGGUAGUAAAAUGAAGGUGACCUCUGGCAUAGAAGCUAUGACGACUUCGGUUGCUGAGCGGUUUGCUAAACAUCCUGACCUGAGCACUGAUGUAUUGAUUCAAGUGAUGCAGGAAAAUACCAAGAUAUUGCAAAAACUACCAUGGUAUGAACUUGAUGAUGGAAGUAAAAUGAAGCUGAUCUCAAGUAUAGUAACUAUGACGAUUUGGGUUACCUGGCAACUUGCUGCCCAUCCUGACCUGAGCACUGAUGAAUUGAUUCGAAUUAUGCAGGAAAACACUAAAGAACUGGAGAAACUACCAUGGUAUGUCCUUGAUAAAAGAAGUAAAAUGAAGCUGAUCUCAAGUAUAGUAACUAUGACGACUUUGGUUGCUGAGCAACUUGCUAGCCAUCCUGACCUGAGCACUGAUGAAUUGAUUCAAGUGAUGCAGGAAAACACUAAAGUAUUGCAAAAAUUGCCAUGGGAGAACAUUGAUAAUGGUAUUAAAAACAAGGUGACGUCAGAUCUGGAAAGUAUGAUUAAACUUGUAAUUCGGCAUUUAUCUGAACAUCCUGAGAUCAGUAAUGACGUUUUUAAAGGUAUACUUUGCACCAGUGAAGCUAUUUUGAAGAAGAUUAGUUGGACUGAUCUUAACAGUGAUUUGCAGAACCAUGUCCUUUCGUGUUUGGACGAGCUGAUGAAAUUAGUGUCUGAAAGAGCUAUUUACCAUGGCGAGUGGGAAGUACUCAGUGACGCCGUAUCUAUUAUACUUGCGAUGUCAUCUCUACUCCGACAGUCUUCUGAUAUUACUUCACGAUUACAGUCACAUCUUGAAGCCAUGGUAGAUUCAGUUGAGAAAGGACGUGCUUUGGGCUCCUACGAUUUGAGUUGUGAAGCGAUGAUAGCCAUGAUGUCUUCUGCAUUAAAUAAACUGAAGCCUGGUAACAAACUCUCAUCUGAAGCGCUACUGGUCAUUUUGUCAAUAGUGUCUCGUAUUACCAAAGAUGAACUAGUAAGAAUAUGGUGGUAUAGCGGCGUAAAGGACCAUUUCAUGUCACUUCUACAGUACGUCCGACGUUUUCUACCUGAAGAUCUGCCGACUGCUUCUGAUGUUACAGAGCUAAAAUCACAAGUAGAUAGCCAUGUCGACACCCUGGAUCGAGUGCUGCUUCAAUUCAAUGAUAUUCAAGUGAAGGGUACGGAGAGUGAUCAGCCGUUUAUCCUUGAUGAAGUCGUCAGCGGUAUCAAGGAAGAGCUGAGUAAGCUGAAGAAAGAGUUGGCAAACAUGAUUCGCAUCUUUGAAAGGAAAUCAGAGCAUGGACAUGAAUUAAAAGAAAGUAUUCAAGUAUUGAUAGAACGAUUCGAAGUAAAACAAAAAGAAAAGGAGAUGAAACUUCGUGAGGAGCGAUUAAUGCUGCAGCGGAAACACGAAGGGGGGCUGUUUGGACUUUCUGAUGAUUCGUCUGAUGAUGAGUCAAUGUUGACAGUAACUCCUUCUAAGACAUCAACAAUUUCGAAGAAAGAAGUGACUUCUGAACAUUCUGAGGCAACAAUGUUCAAGAAAAAAAUGACUUCAGCAGGACCCUAUGAGAUGUCUGAGACCUCGGGCCCUUCUGAGACAAAAUCGAAGGAAAAAAUGACAACAGUACCUCAGCUGCAUGAACUAGACGAACCCGCGAUCCUUUAGGAUCUCUUAGGAGUGGGAGUGCUUGACGGAAAAAAGAAACCUAA